AUGAGUGUGCCUAUUGAACAGGUAGAGGAAAUUAGGCUUCUUGGAGUUCUUCUUGAUGAUUACUGUCCAAUGGUAUGGUCAAGUGCAUCAAGUAAAGACAUCGAUAAAUCCCACCACAAAUCUAAAAUAAGUGUUAAAAUAUAAAGAGAAAUAAUCAAUAUAGUUUUUUCCUCUGUGCUCAUAGGUCAUCUGUGCUUUCUGACCCUCUCGCCUAUGGGACGUGUAUCAAUUCAAGCUCUUGUGGGCACCAAUGUGACUCUUGCCGUGUCCCACGCUGGGGCGUCUCAGCCAGAGGUGAUGUGGUUUUUGGGAAAGCUUCUGGUUGCUAAAUGGACCGUUGGUGAAAGUUCACUUGCAGAUGCUGCGUCAGGUGGUUUAAAAGCAGAACAGGAUGGAUCUCUCACCUUCAGAAAUGUGUCGAUGAUUUAUAACGGCACAUACACUGUGGAAAUGAAUAAAAUCGGGGAGGCAAAGGUCAGCGCUACAUUUGACCUCUUUAUUUAUGAUAUCAUCAUGAAUGUGUCCCUUCACACUGACUCAGAUGACGCCAUUGAGGGUGAAGUGAAGUUCACAUUAUAUUACAGCACAAUUCAAGGAGAGGCCAAAGAAGUGCGUUGGCUUUUUAAUGGGCUCCAGAUAAAAGAUGGAUCUCAUUAUUCCAUCAGCGGGAAGAGACUGACGAUAAAGAAGCCCAGCAGGAACGAUACGGGCUGCUACACUGUAUUAUUAACCAACCCGUUCAGCUCUGAAGAUCAUCACAGGAACAUCACUGUGCUGUAUGGACCAGAUACGCCAGUUCUCAAGGUCAGUCCUACAAAAGGCAUCUUUGUUUCGGGAGAGUCUCUGUUCCUCUCCUGUCAGGCCGAUGGAGAGCCGGCUCCUUCAAACACAUGGACUUUCAAUGGCGAAUCCAUUCCUGCGUCUUCACCAGGAACAGUCAGUCUCACUGACGUAAAGACCAAUCAAAGCGGCGUUUAUACCUGCCUGAUGAUCAACACCAGAACUAAUGCAGCGCUCCAGGGAAACAUCACUGUAAUCGUCUAUGAGUCUCCCGGCGGCGCCCCGCAGUGUUCGGUUCAGGCAGUGUCUGGAGGCGCAGCGCUGCAGUUCCUCUGUGUUUGGCCAGGAGGCGCUCCGGCGGCGCGAGUGUCUUUCCCCAGCCUGAGCGCUGCUGGUGGACAAGGAGAUUACAGCAUCACUGUGCAGGACAUCCACAGAUUAAACAGACAAGAAAUCAUCUGCACAGCUGAACAUCCGCUCAGAAACACACACUGCAGUGUUGUUCCCUCUGCUCCUGGGGAUUUUCUGGCAGUAAUUUCAGCCAGUGUGAGUGCAGAUGAUCAGAUGAUGGUCCUGAUGGUCUGCUCUCCUGAAGCCACACCUGAAGCUCUUGUGUUCUGGAUGAAGAGCGGAGAACGCCUGCAGAAUAGCCACAAAUACCAGAUCAGCACAAACACAACUCAGCUCAGAAUUCAGCAUUUUAAUGCCACUUCAGCAGACCUGGACGUCUAUACCUGCUCUGCCAUCAACCCUCUCGGAAACAAAACUCUGCACACGACACUGACUGGUCCUCAAAUCUCCAACUCUAGUGUUUUGUCAAGUGAGGAUGGUACAGAAGUUACUCUUACAUGGGAUGUUCCUCUCACCUCUGUUAUUACAGGUUUUGACAUCCAGAUGAAAGGUCCAGAGUUUUCUCAGCCCGGUGUGAACACAGCAGAUUUCCACACGAUACAGACGAUGCCGUCAUUCAGCAGAAGCACAGGCAUCUCUGCACUUGACCCUAAAUCCACAUACUAUUUCAGGAUCAUCCCUAAAGCCGGCAGAACUGCUGGAGAACAGUUGGAGAACCAUCGCAUCGGGCCAGCUGCUGAACUCAGUGUUGCUGCCGUCGCUGCUUUAUCUGCUGGAAUCCCCUGCGCCCUGCUUCUGCUCGUCAUCCUCAUCGGCUUCAUCUACUGUGGCACUCGAGACCGAAGCCCCAGACAUCCAGUCUCCAGAGCCACGGAGAAGGUUGUCGUUUCUCAAUCGACUCUGAAUCCUCAUAACCUGCUGAGAGCAAGAUUAAAAACACCGGCGGACUGCAGACUCAAGCAGGCAGAACGAGCUGAUCCUGUGUCUUCAGUGGACUCGUGUGUGCGAAUGACUACCACUGUCUGAAUCCGGCGGACCGCCAGACCACAAAUACGUAUCCUAUAAUCAUCAUGACAAAUUAUGGGUUGAAAUACCUGUUUGGGGAACUUCCACUCGAAAGAACUGAACCAGAAAUAAUUUUAGAUAAUAGAACU